UCAACGGACGCCAGUGCACGCUCGACGCGAGCGUAAACGAACGUCUCGCGUAUCACGUAACGUACAAAAUACAUCACAACUUUGUUCGCGUAAUAAUUAGAAUAAUUGUUCGAUAACGGCUCGACGACGUUAAGGAUGGUGUAAUACAUUCGUCCAUUAAGGUUCGAUUGACGAUGCCCCUUCAAGACGAACUGAUCUUGUCGAACGAGCAAGUUUUGCGAAUGGUGAACGAGUUUAAGGCUCGCCCAAUGCUGUGGGACCCCGAACACGACCUGUACAGGAUACACACCGCCAAAUACGAGGCGUGGUCAGAGAUCGCAGCGAUAUUCGACUGCGAUAUAGUGGAUUUGAGAAGGAAAUUCAACUCGAUUUUCGCGUCACAUCGACGCGAGAAGGGAAAAGUUCGCCAUGGAAAUAAAUCCAAGUGGUUCCUCUAUGACAUGUUGAGUUUUUUGCCGAGCCAUAUCCAGAAUCUGUCCAGUCCUAAUAGAAAGGCGUCUUCGAAAACCGUCGAGUCUCAUAAACAAGUCGAUGAAAACGUUGAGGAAGUUAACGAUCAAGAUCACGAUGGCAACACUGAUAAUUCCGACGACGACACUGAGUUUAUUCAGGAGGCAAUAAUUAUCAAAAAUGAACCUGAAGACGAGCCGCCGCCAAAAAGAGUAUUGCACUACAGAAAGCCAAGAGCGGUUCGAACUACACGACCCUCUUUUAAAAGGCACUUUCUUACGCGCGAGAGGGACAGAAGCUUGACAGAACCGUAUGUCAAUCCUUCACCGGUUAAAGGGAAAGAUGAAUGUGAUAGUUUCGGAGAAUAUAUCGCGGUAUCACUGCGUAAGCAUGAUGAGCGGACGCGGUCUAUGAUCAAGCAAGCCAUCAAUAACAUAUUGUUCGAACAAGAGAUGAAGAAAUACAAUAGUUCGUCGUUUGUAGUAGAGAAGAAUCCUUUGAUCAUCGGUGAUAGUGACGACUGUGAAAAGUGAUUAUAACAGUUUUUAAAUAUUGAAAACGGAUGAAGGGACUUUUCCAAAUGGACAGAGGUUGGAUGUGAAUAUUUUAUAGAAAUAAAAUAUAGAAAUUCUC